CUAUACUGCAGUGAUGGAGUUCACAGUGCCACUUUCCACUGCUGCUGCUAUUGCGACGUGUGCUGCUACCGCGGUGAUUGCCAUCAUUCAGUUGAAGCGAUACAUUGGUGGUAGAAUGUGUCGCAGUCUUGUUAUGUUGAAUGGCAAGACCGUCAUCAUUACUGGUGCAAAUACUGGAAUCGGCAAGGCAACAGCCAUUGACCUGGCAGGUCGUGGAGCACGAGUUAUAAUGGCUUGUAAAGACACACAGCGUGGACAGAAAGCAUGUGGGGAGGUGAAGGAACUGAGUGGUAGUGAGAAUGUUGUGUUUGGUCGGUUGGACUUGGCUGAUUUGGGCUCUGUACGGGAUUUUGUGAGGAAAGUGUUGGAGGAAGAGCGUCAAGUAGAUGUGUUGAUAAAUAAUGCAGGAGUUAUGGCUUGUCCCUUUACGAAGACAUCAGAUGGCUUCGAAAUGCAACUAGGUGUAAAUCAUUUGGGUCACUUCUUGCUCACUAAUCUACUGCUCGAUCGUCUGAAGGCUUCUGCACCGAGUCGUGUUAUCAACGUGUCAUCGAAACUACACGAUCGAGGUCAAAUAAACUUCGAGGAUCUACAGAGUGAAAAGAGUUAUGGUGGCGUUCGUGCAUACGCUCAGAGCAAGCUAGCCAACGUUCUCUUUACGAGACAGCUUGCUGAGAGAUUGGAUGGCACCGGAGUCACUGUUUGCAGUUUGACGCCUGGACUUGUACGAACCGAACUCGGUCGUCACAUGUUUAGAUCAAAGCUGGUCUAUAGAAUUCUCUGGGUUGUACUCUAUCCCCUCUAUUGGUUGGUUACAAAGAGUCCAUCGCAAGGCGCUCAGACUCUCAUUUAUUGUGCUGUGGCUGAAGAACUUGAAGGUGUCAGUGGUAGGUAUUAUGCUGACUGUGCUGAGACCAAGUUGAGGGAGCAUGCGAUGGAUGACGGAGUAGCCAAAAAGUUGUGGGAAAUUAGUGAGCAACUUACAGGAUUGUGCGGUUAGAUAGUCGUUGAGGCACUCUGACUAUAUGGGAUGCCGUUUCUUAGUGGUAAUGACAUGUGUCUGGACUACACUGAGUGUGGGAUAGAUACACCAUAGAAUUAAUAGGAUUGUGUGCGCGCGCGCGCGCGCGCGCGUGUGUGUGUGUGUGUGUGUGUGUGUGUGUGUUUGUUUGUGUGUGUGUGUUUGUUUGUGUGUGUGUGUGUUUGUUUGUUUGUGUGUGUGUGUGUUUGUUUGUGUGUGUGUGU